CAAUACCCACUACUAUACCGUGUUGCGCUCGAUAUCCUACCCGUUCAAGCAUCCGCGGUUCCGUGCGAGAGAGUAUUCUCGUCCAGUGCGGAAACCGAUACUCCUCGGCGAAAUAAACUGUCGUGCCUCAUAUUUGAGGUACUUCAAAUCCUCAAGUUUGUUUAUCAUCAGGACAGGUUAAGCUUUACCGAUGGAUGGAUAGCGAAGGAGUGUGAACUC